AUGCCAGGUCUACCACAAGCACGAGCAACAACCGCAAAAUUCUUCAGCUGUCUCACACGUUACCUCCAAAGUCUUCAAAGAUACCUGUCCAACUCCAUGAUGCAAACUUACCUUCUCAAAGCGACGAAAUUGCUCCUUCUAAGCGCUGUGGGACAAGCCCUUCCAACUGCACAGCGAACGCAAUGCAGCCAGAGUACAUCCAAUCCCGCGGACCUGCUCAACGGUGUCAUUGAUGCGAUGGGCGGAUUUGAGGCGUUGAACAUGACCAUUGGGUUGACGUACGAGUCUUCAAGCAUAUAUCGAAGCCAAACUCUCACCCAGAACUAUAACCUCCACCUCUCCGACCAAACCGUUGCCGAGGCCGGCACACAGAAUAUCUCCUUUCUCUUCUCUGAUGGAAUCCUACGCCAGCGGCUCGAUCGCAAGUACCAGUACGGCUUUUACUGGCUGUGGGCAUUCCCUGACCUGAAGCCGAUGAUAGACUUCUCCCUGGUCGUCCAAGCCGGACCCAAUGCCUCCGCGUGCUUCAACAAGGGUCAGAACUCGUUCUUCGCCGAUGAUCCCAGCCAAGCGCUGGGAUAUGCAGACGGAUAUCUGACCGACUACCUGGUGCAAUCCGCACAGCAACUUGCCCUCCCGCAUCUCCUGCAGCAGUUCCAUACUCGGAGUUCGGAUCUAACAUCUUCCUGCGUGACGGUGGCGGCUGGCGACAACAAAACUCAGGUUUCAUACUCGGCACUUCAUGAUGCUCACUUCGACCUAACUUUAAUCAUUGACGACGAUACACGGCUUCCUUAUGCUGUGCGGGUCAAUGAGGACCACAAAGUGUUCGGUCCUUCCACAAGUGACGUCGUGUUCCUCAACUAUACUGUUGAUCCAGCAGGGAAUGGAAAUAGCCUUCGCCUCCCUCACCGCGUGCAGACGGUGUACAACCAGGAGGCGGUGCUUGAGGACUUCGUGAUUGACAAAAUCAUCGUAAACCCGACCUUUGCUGCCGACCUUUUCGAUGCCUCGCCUCCACCGUCUGCCACAGGGCCAGGUUCCUCUUCAAGUGAAACAGCCAACGCGCCACGCACAGAUCGAGAGUAUCCCAGAUCGGAGGUUCACGAAUUUUUUGAGGCAGGCUUAUGGGGCGGCCCAUUUGGAGACAUGUUCAACGUAUCCGACGUGGUUGUCCAGCCUGUGUUUCCCAACGGUACCACACCACAGAUCAUGAAUCUCUAUGUUGGAUACCCCGACUAUAUCCAGCUUCUGGUCGAGUUUGACGACGGUCUGCUCAUCACUGACGCGCCGGGGCACCGGAGCAAGAUCAUUCUGGAUUGGGUGGCGCAGAACAUGCACGGCAAGAAAAUCACUCACGUGGUGCCCUCCCACCACCAUCGCGACCAUGCCGGUGGAGUUGCCGACUACCUCUCGGCUGGCGCCGCGUUGGUUAUCCCAGAGGUCGCGAAAGAAUUCUAUCAGAAUCUACCAGGCGGGCCGUUCACUGUGAUCACAUAUAACGAUGCUGCCCCGUUCGUGCUCAAGGAUUCUCAGGUCCAAGUCUCGUCCUUCUGGCUGGACGAGAGCCCUCAUGCACGAGAUUGGUCGUACGCGGUGGCAUCGCAUGGCUGUCAAAUAUCUGACGUUGUCGUCUUCAAUGCCGACGUGGUAAAUCCCGGCCAAGGACCUGUGGCAAAAUGGGACACUGGGGCCGCUAGAGCAUUCCUGCGAAAUGCCAUUGAUAGGGGAGUACCUCGGGGCGCAACUCUUGUAGGUUCUCAUGGAUCCAGUGAAAUUGGGCUCGGAACGCAGGACUCCCUGGCCAAUAUUGCUGAUUUGGCUGGAGUGGUCUAUCCGCAGAUGGAGGAUGACGGGCUGUGGUGCUAA